UAAAAUAUAAAAAUACAAAGUACACGAACAUGCAAUGGUUUUCGAAGGAUUUUAAUUAAAACUGGAUACAGGGAAUGAGACAAAUGAGUUUAAGAACGAUAAUUCUACCUUACUUACUUCAUAUGUUUAACCUCCGUUAGUUUAUUUGUUUUCCGAAGAGUAACUUCUAAGCUAUUAAUAUGGACACUUCAAAUAGUCUUGAGACAAGUGAGAAAACGUACAGUGUCAAGGAGCCAUACCUGUCAAUUGCUUAAUUUUGAUUGAGCUCAUUUUCAAAUACUUAAUCCACUUAACACAGUGAUGAAGGACAGCGGGAGAAAAGGAUGAAGAAGAAGAUAUUUAAUGAAGUAUACCUACUGAGAGGAAAUAAUGACGGAAUAUAAACAAGAGGAUGGCGAUGGUCACAGCAUAACAUACCUCAAUACUGACGGCUAUAGGACAUGUACAUUUAAUGCACCACAAGAAACUGCAAAGAAAAUUAGAGAAAUGGCAAACUUCAAAUGUAGACCAGACGACGUAUUUAUAUGUGCACCUGUAAAGUCAGGUACACACUGGACAUGGGAAAUUAUUUCCAUGAUGUUUGAAGGGAAAGCUGAGACAAUAAAAAGAAGCAAAAUCGAGAAUAUGAUUGAGGCCUUUUCCUGGGAGGCUUUAGAAAAUUUGCCAUCACCUCGGGUGUUGAACACUCAUGUUCAUUACAGUCGCCUACCAAAAGAAGCAACGGUACUCCGUUGCAAAUUUGUUUAUGUGCUUCGUAAUCCAAAAGAUUUGGCUGUAUCAUUAUACAACCACACUAAGGGUAUAACGGCAUUGAAUACGACGGCAAAUGGGAAAAUUUUCUACCAUUAUUCUUACAAGGAAAAACGGAAUACAAUAGUUGGUUUGAGUAUGUCUUAGAGUGGGAGAAAGAAAUGUCGACCUCACUCAACCUUCCAGUACAUCUUGUAUAUUAUGAGGAUCUGA